AUGGGAGCGAUUUCCGACUUCGUCGCGGCCUUUAGUCGUGACGCCGAGAAAUAUAAGACUUUAGAAAAAGAAGUGAGCGCACGUUGUGAAGAAGCACUAUGCGGCAUAGAAUUUUUGUGGCAAUCUCGGGUGAAGGCAGCCGAAUCGCUGGAGAAGAAACUAACAGGUCGCAUCGAUGAGUACAGGGAUGAAUCCGAGAAUAUCGCUGAUAUCAAGGAUUUGGUAGCUGGAAGGAUCAUCUUGGCCUGCUGGCUCGAUUUCAAGCACGUUGAAAAGACUCUGAGCCAGAUCUUCAACGUCAGAGGUCAAAUUCAACAUCCAAAGCAUGGGCGGAAUGCAGUAAGCUUCAGGGCACGGUUCCGCGGUUAUGAUGGACUCCAUUUCCAUGUGACACUGCAAGGUCUCUCAGAUCAGCAAUCAUGGAACCCGAUCAUUGAAAUCCAAGUGAUGUCCGCUUUCAUGUGGGGGUUUAUGACAUUGGAACAUGAUAUUGAAUACAAGAAAUUACACGGAGAGCCCGACGAGGAUCUGCUCUCAUAUCUGAAUUUGCUCAAAGGAGUUGCAAAUCUAGGAGAGAUAGGCCUCCAGAUGUAUGACAAGCAAUUCUUCCCCGUCGCGAAGCUCUCCUCUCCACAGGGUGUCAAUCCAGACUUGCAAAAAACAAUACGGACUGUAGUAGCUGACGUGGGGCUUGAUGAAAACGAUAAACAGUGCCUACGCGAUUUACGAUCUACAGAUCCUCGACUCGACAAGGAGAGAAUCGAGCACAGCAAAGACCGUCUGCUAGAAGGUUCCUGUUCCUGGAUUUUUACAGACUCAGCUUUUGAUGAUUGGUGGAAUCGUGAUGACUCCCGGUUGCUUUGGAUACAUGGUGAUCCAGGCAAGGGAAAAACCAUGAUGAUGAUAGCACUCAUUUCCGAGGUGUCAAAAAGGCUGGACGAUCGGCCUGGAUCCAAUGUGCUGGCGUAUUUCUUUUGCCAGAACACCAGUAAGGAUCUCAACACUACGGUUUCAGUCCUCAGGGGGUUGAUCUAUCACCUUGUCGAUCAGGAAAGGAAGCUCAUCCGUCACGUACGGAAAAGUUAUGACAUCGCAGGAAGACCACUGUUUGAAGAUGGAAAUGCACUGAAUGCCUUGCGGAUGGUGUUCUCGGAUAUUUUAAAGGACCCGAGCCUCGGAAAUGUCUACUUCAUGGUAGAUGCUCUCGACGAGUGUGAUCCUGAGAUACUUGAACUUUUGAAGUCCGAAGUAUCGCCCAAAAUCAAAUGGCUCACCACGAGCCGCAACGAGCCAGCUUUCAUAGAGCGGCUUGGGCGUGACCACCGACUGCACACCAGUCUUGAGCUAAAUUCAUUGCAUGUCGCUCGUGCUGUCGCGAAUUUCAUUGACUACAAAAUCGAUGAAUUGGCAGGUUGGAAGUCGUACACCAGCGAGCUGCAGGUCUUUCUUCGGAAGUCGCUGCUUGAAAAGGCAGAAGGAACUUUCCUUUGGGUGGCUUUGGUUUGUAAGGAGCUGAGCAAGGUACGGCCGCAAAGAGCGAAGUCCUGGCUUGAAAAGACCCCAUCAGGACUGGAAACACUCUACGAAAGGAUGCUUAAUCAGAUCCUUCAUCAGAAAGACAAACAUGAUAUCAAACUCUGUCGACGGAUCCUUUGCUCAAUCACUUUUGCUUUUAGGCCGUUACGUUUGGGAGAAAUCGUCGUCUUUGCUAGCAUCCCGGAGUCAGAAUUAGAGGAUCUAGUGAGUGGCUGCGGUUCUUUCAUCACAGUCCGGGAAGGGACAGCAUAUUUGGUACAUCAAUCGGCAAAAGACUACUUGAGCGACGGAAAAAGAAAAGGUGUUUUCCAUUCGGGACAGGAAAAUGAACAUGCCAAGACAGCCCGUCUCUGCUUAGAGGUUAUGUCGAACACAUUGAAGAAGGAUAUAUGCGAUCUCAAAAUGCCAGGAGUUUGUCUCAGCGACGUUAAUGAGAGCAGAAUAGGAGCUCAUAUUCCAUUCCACGCGCAAUAUGCAUGUCUUUACUGGGUUGACCACCUCCAGCAAGUUAGCCCUACUAAGCAGGAGACACUUUUUCUGCGCGAAGGUUGCCAGGUCUACACGUUCUUCGAAUGCCACUUUCUCCAUUGGCUUGAAACGCUUAGUCUCAUGAGCAAGGUGUCUGAAGCUGUAAUUGCGAUGACAUCACUAUGCUCCAUACCUGAGUCCCGAAUGAGCACCGAGUUGUUUUCCUUUGCGCAAGAUGCAUGGAGAUUCAUUCUAGAAUUCAGAUCCGUUAUGGAAAUCGCACCGCUGCAACUCUAUAACUCUGCUUCUAUUUUCAGCCCAGAAACAAGUAUAGUCAGGCGUCUUUUUUCCAAUCAGAUGCCAAAGUGGAUUGAUACUGCAUCGAAGGCUGAGAAGAACUGGACGACUUGUUUACAAACGCUUGAAGGUCAUUCGGAUAGGAUCAAUGCGGUGAGCUUCUCGGCUGACGGAAAGUUGUUGGCCUCUGCAUCUAAUGAUGGAACCGUCAUACUUUGGAAUCCUAUCACAGGAGUCUUGCAGCGCACACUCAAGGCAAGAAGGUCGAUCUUCGCGUUGGUCAGGCAUCUUUCAGAGCCCGUUUCCACCGUAGCGUUCUCGCCUGACGGUCAGUUGAUAGCCAGUAAGUCUUCCGAACGUAUUGAAAUUUGGAAUCCAAUCACAGGACAGUCCUGUGGCAGUCUUGAGACUGAACACUGGUCGAGUACGAUGUCGUUUUCGCCUAUUGGUCAGCUAUUGGCAUCCGACUCUUGGUUUGCUAUCAAACUUUGGGAACCAAUCACAAAAGAGUUGCGAGGCACAUUGGAAGGUCAUUCCAAACUUAUUACUGCAAUAAGUUUUUCGCCUGAUGGGCAACUAUUGGCCUCUGCGUCUUGUGACAAAACUAUCAGGCUUUGGAAUCCAAUCACAGUAGAUUCGCGAUGCAUACUUGGAAGUCAUGAGGAGCAGGUCAACGCAGUAGUCUUUUCACCUAACGGGCACCUGCUAGCCUCCGCAUCUGAAGACAAAACCAUAAAACUUUGGAAUCCGAUUGAAGAGAAACUACUGUAUACGUUCGAAGGCCAUUCAAGCGGGGUUAACAGGGUAGUUUUCUCGCCUAACGGGCCGCUGCUGGCCUCGGCAUCGAAUGAUAGUACCGUCAGACUUUGGGAUUCAGACAAGAAAGAAUCACGGGGUGUGUUUGACGGUCAUUCGAGCCCGGUUAACAUGGUAGUCUUUUCGCCUAAAGGGCACCUGCUAGCCUCCGCAUCUGAUGACAAAACCAUAAAACUUUGGGAUCCGGUCAAAAAGUUACGGGGAUCGUUGGAAGGUCACUUAAGCCGGGUCGAGGCAGCAGUUUUCUCGGUUGAUGGGCUCUUGGCCUCUGCAUCUCGUGAUAAUACUGUUAGACUUUGGGAUCGGAUCAUAGGAGACUCGCGAAUCACAUCUGAUGAUCCGAUCAUAGAAGACUCGCGAAUCACAUCUGAUGUGAAUCAUUCGGAUAAGGUUAACGCGGUAGUGUUUUCGCCUGAUGGUCAACUAGUAGCCUCUGCCUCUGAUGAUAAUACUAUCAGGCUUUGGGAUUCAACAGGAGAGUCGCGAAGCAAACUUGAAGGCCACAGCAAUCCGGUCACCACGAUAGCUUUCUCGCCUAAUGGUCGGCUGUUGGCAUCCGGAUCUGGUGUUUUUUCACCUAAUAAUGAAGAUUACACCAUCAGGCUUUGGGAUCCACUCACAGGAGAGUCGCGAGGCAAGCUUGAAGGCCACAGCAAUCCGGUCAAUACGAUAGCUUUCUCGCCUGAUGGUCAAUUAUUGGCGUCCGGAGAUACUGGAGGUUUCUUCCAACAUUUCAACGUCAGGCUUUGGAAUCCAUUCACAAGAGAGUCGCGACGCAUACUUGAAGGUCAUGAGGGAGAGGUCAGAGUGGUAACCUUUUCGCCUAAUGGUGAAUUGUUAGCUUCUGCAUCUGGGUUAGACUCUCUUGGAGAUCCUCAUGGCCCACCUUAUGAUAACACACUCAAAUUUUGGGAUCCAAUCACGGGAGCCCUACACGGUACGCUUGAGGGUCAUUUGGAAAGUAUUGUCAGAAUAGUCUUUUCGCCUGACAGAAAAAUUCUGGCCUCUGCAUCUCUUGAUGACAUCGUCAGACUUUGGGACGUUGAGAAGAAGAUCUUGCUUCAUCAGAUCCCACAUCAGUACACCGGAAGAAUGAUCUUUAAUGAGGAUGGGUCGCGACUGGUAUUAGAUAGUAGAGUCUUCGAAAUCUCGUCUACAUCUUUGACUGACUUUCCUCAGGAGCGAACUUCAACAGAUGGUUCUCGAUACACGAACAAUGCCGAAGAAUACGCAGGAUUCCAGGCCUAUCGAGCCCGUCGACGACAGGCGUCGCUGAGCUUCGAGAUACAAGGGACGGCAAAGAGACUCACUCCCAGUCUUAAGACAAAAGACCCGAAACCAUACAGGGGCGAGACUCCGGAGGAACUGGACGACUUUCUAUACGAAUGCGAGCGACAGUUCGAUGCUAAGGGUUUCACGACUGAAGAAGACCGCGAAGGCGAGACGCCAGCGGAUCGAGUGCAUCAGAAGGAAGACACGAAGAAGAAAGUUGCAUACGCUACAGGCUUUCUCGUGGAAAGAGCUAAGACUGACUGGAUGUCUUGGUUGCUGCAGUUCCCAUUAGGAGCUGAUUCGUGGACGCAUUUUAAGACAUUGCUACGCGAGUUCCUCGAAGGGGACAAAGAAGAAGCAUAUGCGGAAGGCAGUCAGAAAUUGACAAAUGCUAGACAGCGAAAGGGAAUACAGACAAAGCUAGACGAGCUGAUUCCUGGGCCAAAGACCAUGCAUGAAUUAUUGCACCAAGUUCACCGUUAUGAGAAGACGGCAAGAACUCACGCACAGAAGGAUGGGAAUAAAGAUAAGUCUCGUUCUGAGGGGUCUACAAAACCCCAACACUUGAAGAAGGAUAACAAGUCCGGUCGAGCAGCAAAUCACGAUCAAAAGAAGAAUCGUGAUGAUAAGAAGGACUCAAGCACUAAAGCUCCCUUCGUUAUGUGGAAAGACAAACUGUCUGACGACGUUCGAGACCGCCGCUGGUAA